AUGUCUCAUCCAUAUGCCAAGGAGUUGGAAGUGGCCACUUUGGCCGUGAAAAGAGCCUCGAUCUUGACCAAAAAGCUUAGUGACUCUAUCUCCGCAACGCUGAAAUCUGGAACACAAAUUAAAGAUGACAAAUCCCCGGUAACUAUCGGAGAUUAUGCCGCACAAGCCAUCAUCAAUCAUGCUAUCAAGAAAAACUUUCCUCUCGAUAACAUAGUCGGGGAAGAAGAUGCUGAUUCUUUGCGUGAGGACAGUGAAGAAGCCAAAUCAUUGAGCUCGAAGAUCCUCGAGAUUAUUCAAGACGCCCAAAACUCCUCUCUCUCGUCAAAAGAGAUUAUGGGUUCAUUGUCAGAUUUGCCCGAAAUCUUCGAUAGUAUUGACGCAGGAAACUACGAGGGUGGAAACAAAGGCAGAUUCUGGGCUUUGGAUCCAAUUGAUGGUACCAAAGGUUUCUUGAGAGGCGAUCAGUUUGCUGUUUGUCUUGCAUUGGUUGAAGAUGGAGAAGUUGUUUUGGGUGUUAUUGGAUGUCCAAAUCUUGCUGAAAAUAUCAUCUCCAAUGAGGAGCAACAUGGCGUGAAGGGAGGCUUGUUUUCUGCAGUGAAGGGGCUCGGCUCAUUCUACACUCCACUUUUCAAAAAUGACAAAUUUGUUCCGAUUUCAGACCAGGAAAAGAUAAACAUGACUCAAGGCACGUCUCCUGUGGACUUGAAGGUGCUUGAAGGUGUUGAAAAGGGCCACUCGUCACACUCAACCCAAAGCCAAAUAAAGGCUGCUUUGGGAUUCGAUGAAAAAACAGUCGCGCAGCAAACAAUUAACUUGGACUCUCAAGUAAAAUACUGUGUCUUGGCCAAAGGUCAGGCUGAUAUUUACUUACGCUUGCCAAUCAACGACACGUACAGAGAGAAGAUAUGGGAUCACGCUGCAGGCAACAUCUUGUUAUAUGAGAGCGGUGGGCAGGUGGGCGACAUUACAGGGGCUAAGCUUGACUUUGGAAAAGGUAGAUACUUGCAGUCCAAAGGUGUCAUUGCCGCAAACAGUAAGGUCUUUCCUCAGGUCAUCGAUGCUGUAGUCAAGAUACUCAAUCAAUAG